CAUUCCCAUAAAGUUAUCAGGUAGUGACAAUGCAAUAAAUCUCCUGAUCCUGCAAGAUGAUCUCCUUAGCCAUUACUGUUGGAUAAAGAACUUUAGCGCUCUAUGUGCCAGCCAGACAAAGUGCAAGACGAAGAGGUACUUCUGCAUGCGAUGCCUCUCCGCACAUCGCAGCGAUACCACUCUGAAGAAGCAUCAACUAUACUGCAGCGAUGUGAAGGCAGCGACAGUCCAGAUGCCAAAAGCAGACGAGCAGCUCAAGUUCACGGAGAUACAGCGGAAGAUGAAAAUGCCGUAUGUGAUCUAUGCCGAUACUGAGUGUCUGCUGAAAGCAACGUCUCCAGAGCGCCAUGGGAAGCAAACUGUUCGUGAAGCUGAACACGUACCAUGUGCAGUGUCGUAUGUCGUCGUACGCUCUGAUGGUGUACUGAAGAACACUUUCACGUUCAGAGGAGAUGAUCCGAUUGAAAAGCUUUUCGAAGAGCUCUCCAAGGAGGAAGAGCGCAUAGAGGAAGACCUGAAGAACAUACGUCCUAUCAUCAUCACGGAUGAUGAAGAGGUGCAGUUCCGCAAUGCCGCAGAGUGCUGGAUCUGUGGCAAGAAACUGAAGGGUGCUGAUCGGGUGCGCGACCACGACCACCUCACCGGACUGUACAGAGGAGCUGCACACAACGCCUGCAAUUUGAAGUUCCGCAUCGUGCCAGAGCACCAUCCCAUCCCCGUUGUAUUUCACAACCUGAAAGGGUAUGAUGGACAUCUCCUGAUAUCCAGCAUCGGCCUCACGUCCAUGAACACUGAGGAGUACAUUGACAGACAAGGACGGCGUCGACGCAAGGUGAAGGGGCGUGUUACUGUCAUACCCAACAAUAUGGAGCGGUAUGUGUCAUUCUCGUGGGGGAGAUUCCGAUUCAUUGACAGUCUUUCCUUUCUGAACGCAUCGCUGGACAAGCUAGUGAGCAACACGCCUCGCGACUCGUUCUUUCACCUCAAGUCCCUGGCUUCGUCGUACAGCAACAACGCCACGGGCAGCAACGUCACGGGUAGCAACGCCACGGGCAGCAGCAGCAGCAGCAGCAGCAGCAGCAGCAGCACCACCACCACCACCAGCAGCAGCACGACCAGCAGCACCACCAGCAGCACCACCAGCAGCACCAGCAGCAGCAGCAGUGCACCAGGCUCGUCUAGCAAUACCCUGCUGGAUCUCCUGCAUCGCAAAGGUGUCUAUCCCUACGAAUACAUGAACAGCAGCGCUAGGUUUUCCGAGACUGGUCUUCCUGCAAAGGAAGACUUUUACUCACGCCUCUCAGAGUGCCACAUCAGCGAUGAGGACUACUGCCAUGCCCAGCGUGUGUGGACUGCAUUCGGCUGUAGCGACAUGGGCGACUACCAUGAUCUCUACCUGAAGACCGAUGUGCACCUUCUUGCAGAUGUGUUUGAGAAAUUUAGAUGCACUGCAAUGGCCACGUACGAUUUGGACCCGACACACUACUACACCCUGCCUGGAUUCGCGUGGGACGCCCUUCUGAAACAUACAGGAAUCUCGCUCACUCUGCUGGACGACGUGGACAUGCAUCUGUUCGUCGAGCGCGGUCUUCGUGGCGGUGUUACAAUGGCGUCACACCGCCACGCCAGGGCGAACAACAAGUACAUGAGCUCACACGACCCUGAGCAGGCGUCAACAUAUCUUCAAUACCUCGACGCGAACAACCUGUACGGCUGGGCCAUGUCGCAGCGCUUGCCGACAUCAAAAUUCCAGUGGUGUGCCCCCAGUGACGAACUCCUGCAGAAGAUCCUCACCCAGCCAGAUGACGCAGACACUGGGUACAUGGUGGAGUGUGAUCUGUCAGUGCCCACAGAGUUCCACGAUCGCCUGAACGACUACCCACCCGCACCGGAGCGUGUAACCAUCACCGAGAGUAUGAUGUCGCCAUACCAGCGCGACUUGAUUGCAGCAGAUCCUGUCUCCGGACUGAGUGCUCCGAAACUGGUCCCGAACCUCAUGCCGAAGCAGCGCUACGUAGCACACUACCGUAACCUCAGGCUGUACAGUCGUCUAGGUCUGAGGAUCGAUGCUGUACACCGCGUGCUCAGUUUCCGCCAAGCUCCGUGGAUGAAGCCCUACAUCCAGCUGAACACGGAGCUUCGGAAGAAGGCGAAGAACGAUUUCGAGAAGGACUUCUUCAAAUUAAUGAAUAACGCUGUGUUUGGGAAGACAAUGGAGAAUGUGAGAAGAAGGAUCUCCAUUAGACUGCUGCGUGUGGAAGACGAGGAAGAUACCAUUCUCACAGCUGUGGCUAAGUCCACCUACGUCCGCCAUGUCCUCUUCGACAACGGGCUUGUGGGCGUCGAGAACAGGAAGCUUGCGGUCCACCUCAACAAGCCGGUGUACGUUGGCAUGAGCAUCCUGGAGCUGAGCAAGGAGCUCAUGUACAGAUUUUACUAUGACGAGCUCCAGCCACGCUACGGAGACCGCAUGAGCCUGCUGUACACAGACACGGACUCGCUGGUGCUGCUGUUCCGCACGGAGGACCUCUAUGCGGACAUGAAGAGUAUGGCCGAUCAGUACGACACCAGCAACUUUAGCCCCGACAGUCCUCUGUACAGCGAGAGUAAUAAGAAGGUUGUAGGUAAAUUUAAGGACGAGCUCGGAGGGAAGCUCAUGACAGAGUUCGUGGCGCUCAGAUCCAAAAUGUACGCGUACGAUGGCGAGGAGAGUGGUCAGCGUGCAAAGGGCGUCAAGAGAGCGGUGACGAGAAGAUUCACGAUCGCGGACUACCGUCAGUGUCUGGUCGACAGGACGAGGAUGUCACACGCAAUGACCACCCUGCGCAGCCAUUCGCAUCGUAUCUUCACCGAGACGAUGACCAAGUCGUCUUUGUCGCCGUUCGACAGCAAACGAUACAUCCGAACGGACGGUGUCAGCACACUUGCACAUGGGCACCACCGCAUCGCACUGCUGGAUGACUGAACAAUGAUGGUUGUGGUUGACAAUCACAAUUAUUAGUCACACCCUGUACCAUAUCAAUUCCAUUUGUCUAAUGAGUUACUGAUCUUGAUCUUGAUGAUGAUGAUGAUGAUGUUGAUGUUAUUAUUUUUCUACAUACUACAUAAUUUUGUUUUCUCCAUAACUUAACUAGACUUUUAAUAUAGCUAAACAUAAUUGCGUGAAAUGCAAUUGCACAGUUGAUGAUGUUUACGAUGAUGGCAAUGUUUGAUGUUGAUGUUGAUGAUGAUAAUAAGAAUAAGAUUGCUCUUGUCGGCAGCUAGAGCUUGCUCAA